UAUUCAUCUGUGCCUGGAAACUGUGGAGUGUGGACGGAGCCGAUCGAACGGCAAGAGGAGCUUGAGCCCUGUAUCCCGCACAGAUUGCUACAGCACCAUUUUCUGCCGUAGCUACUUCUUUCGUGUUAUCGCCACUACAGCUCAAUGUUCGCUUCAUAAUAUUUUUUAACCAUUUUUCCGACCAUCGCGUUCUUUUUUUCUCUCGCUAGUCGCUUUUUUUUGCUAUACUGCUACGCGUUCAAAAAAAAUACUGCAUUUUGCGACGCGAUAUGUGUUGUUUUAGCCAAAUUAACGAGACAUGUUCGCGCGUUGAAAUUGAAUCCGGCCUGAUCAACAUGUUCGUUUUAUUAUAUUUCCAUAAACAUGGCCAAUAAAUUAUUUCAAUAUGUCGGAUGGAAGAGAAACGUCUGGCAUGGAAGAUAAAGCGGUGUCAACGGCGGACGAUUUCGGAGAUGGAAACGACGGGUAUUUCGGCGAAGGAACUCAUUGGAAUGCGGUCACUAUUCAAAAAUUGUUAACCGUUUUGAUUAACAAUAAAAUCAUGGCUAUGAGAACUAUGAGUACCUGCGAACACAAUAUACCAUCCGAUAAGUCAGACUCUACCGAAUACUCGAGAGAGAAAGAACCACCCGAUAAAAGAUCACGUCUCCAACAUUCACCUCGCCAUCAGCAUCGCCAUCACCAUCGUCACUGUCCCAGGCAUAGCUCGCAUCACGACGAACGAUCAUCAUCUAUAUCCAAGGUGCAAAAAUGGUCCGAAGAUUUGGAUAUGGAAUCUCCCGAAGACGAUCCUCCAAGAGGGCGAAAAUCGAAACAACCCAAAGAAGGAUACCUCGUCGUGGAUAUUGAAUCCGGUUCAAAAGUCGAGCAAUCUUCUAAACGACGAAAACGUAAAAAACGAAAAAAAUCAGUGAAGAAGAAAAAAAUUUCUCAGAUAGAUCCGGAAGAUUUACCAACACGAGCUCGAUGGACAAUAAUAAUCACUUCGGGAUUAUUAAUUCUGACUUGUAUGUUUUUGGUUGGAGUUACUCUGCGUAUGGCUCCAGUUAUCGAUCAAAUGGUGCGUACCCAGAACGAAGAGCUUAUGAAUUCGUUAAAUCGCAAUAAUUACAACGAGCCGGCGCAUUUUUACUCUUCUUAUUAUCAUAAUACACCGCCAAACUGAGUCUCAAGCUGAUGGUCAAUUUCAUGAAACAUCAUACCACGAUUGCGUAUAGAAAAAUCAUGCGUACAUAUUCAUCAUGUAGAUAAAAAAUUCAUUUAAAGAAAGCAAACUGACGUUAAAGAAUGAAGGACAAUAUCACAGCACGUAAUCAAGAAAUGUUAAAAUUCAUUAUCCAAAAACUUACCAUAAUUUAUCAUUUUUAUAUCAUUCGUUGUCGACAUCCACACAGAACGAGGAAACGUUUAAAAUAAAGGACAAGAUUCUGGACAACUGAGUUUACUCAAAACACUAUUUUCAAAAGAACAUA